GCUUGACGAUCCCUUGCCGGCGUCCCCGCCUCGCGCCAUCUCCGACCUGUGGCCUUUCUCCUUCAUGAGUUUGCGCUUCCCAGGAGCGCGGGAAGCGGGAAGCCAUCAUGUCGAACGCAAAUAGCAUCAAGGUCGUGGCUCGAUUUCGCCCGCAGAACCGGGUCGAAAUCGAGUCGGGCGGUCAGCCCAUUGUCACCUUCAAUGGACCGGAUACAUGUACCAUCGAUGUGGGUAGCCGGGCAGCUCUGGCUCGUGGUUGUCUUCUGCCCUGGCGGGCCGGUUGCUAAUCUUUCGAUACAGUCCCGCGAGGCGCAAGGCACCUUUACCUUCGACCGCGUCUUUGACAUGUCGUGCAAGCAGGCCGACAUCUUCAACUACUCAAUCAAGCCGACCGUAGACGACAUCCUCAACGGUUACAAUGGUACUGUUUUCGCUUACGGCCAGACCGGUGCGGGCAAGUCCUACACCAUGAUGGGCACGAGCAUCGACGACGAGGAAGGCAAGGGCGUCAUCCCGAGAAUCGUCGAGCAGAUCUUCACAAACAUCUUGUCCAGUCCGGCAAACAUCGAGUACACGGUUCGAGUCAGCUACAUGGAGAUCUACAUGGAGAGGAUUCGCGAUCUUUUGGCUCCGCAAAACGACAACCUUCCGGUGCACGAGGAGAAGAACCGCGGCGUGUACGUCAAGGGGCUUCUAGAGAUCUAUGUCUCAAGCGUACAGGAAGUGUUUGAGGUUAUGCGGAGGGGCGGAAACGCAAGGGCGGUCGCCGCGACGAACAUGAACCAGGAGUCGUCGCGCUCACACUCGAUAUUUGUCAUCACCAUCACACAAAAGAACGUCGAGACGGGCUCGGCCAAGAGCGGCCAAUUGUUCUUGGUUGAUCUGGCUGGUAGUGAGAAGGUCGGCAAGACGGGUGCCAGCGGGCAAACUCUCGAGGAGGCCAAGAAGAUCAACAAGAGCUUGAGCGCUCUGGGAAUGGUCAUCAACGCGCUGACGGACGGAAAAUCAUCGCACAUUCCUUACCGUGACUCAAAGCUCACCCGUAUUCUACAGGAGUCUCUGGGUGGCAACAGCCGGACGACGCUCAUCAUCAACUGUUCUCCCAGCAGCUACAACGAUGCCGAAACUCUCAGUACGCUCCGUUUUGGUAUGCGAGCCAAGUCGAUCAAGAAUAAGGCCAAGGUCAAUGCUGAGCUCAGCCCGGCUGAGCUCAAGAUGAUGCUCGCAAAGGCCAAGACGCAAAUCACCAACUUUGAGAGCUACAUCGCCAGCCUAGAGGGCGAAGUGCAAUUAUGGCGUGCCGGAGAGACGGUGCCGAGAGAGCGGUGGGUGCCGCCUCUCUCUGCCGAUGGUGCGGCAGGAGCAAAGGCCGAAGGCAAGCCGACACGACCAUCGACACCGUCUCGGCUAUUGCAAGACAGGUCAGGGGCCGAGACGCCGGGUAUCUCGGAGAGAGCGGGCACUCCGAGCUUACCGCUUGACAAAGACGAGCGGGAAGAGUUCUUACGCCGCGAGAACGAGCUCCAGGACCAGCUCGCCGAAAAGGAGACGCAAGCCGCGGCGUUGGAAAGGCAGCUCCGGGAGACGAAGGAAGAGAUGGCACUAUUGAAGGAGCACGACGCCAAGAUCGGAAAGGACAACGAGAGGCUGAUCAGCGAGGCCAACGAGUUCAAGAUGCAACUGGAAAGGCUGGCGUUUGAGAACAAGGAAGCCCAGAUCACCAUGGACGGACUGAAAGAAGCCAACGCCGAGCUCACGGCGGAGUUGGACGAGGUCAAACAGCAGAUGCUCGAUAUGAAGAUGAGCGCGAAGGAGACCAGUGCAGUGCUAGACGAGAAGGAGAGAAAGAAGGCGGAGAAGAUGGCCAAGAUGAUGGCAGGGUUCGAUCUCAGCGGGGACGUGUUCAGCGACAACGAGAGGGCAGUGGCCGACGCAAUUGCGCGAGUAGAUGCCCUGUUCGAGAUCAGUUCCACUGGCGAUCCGAUCCCGCCUGAUGACCUCAAGGCGCUCCGGGAGAAGCUGGUCGAGACGCAGGGCUUCGUGCGGCAGGCCGAGCUGUCCGCGUUCAGCGCAACAACCAGCGAGGCGGAAGCCCGCAAACGCGCCGAUCUCGAGGCCCGGUUGGAGGCUCUGCAGCUCGAACACGAGGAGGUCCUCUCACGCAAUCUGGCUGACGCGGACAAGGAGGAAGUCAAGGCUAUGCUUUCCAAGACGUUAUCCGAUAAGUCGAAUGCGCAGGCUGAUCUGAUCGAGAGUCUCAAGGCAGACCUCUCGCUCCGGGUAUCGGAGAAUGAACGGCUCAAGGCGUUGGUAGAUGACCUACAACGGCGCGUCAAGGCCAACGGGGCGGUGCCGAUGGCCAACGGCAAGACGGUGCAGCAGCAGCUGGCCGAGUUCGAUGCCAUGAAGAAGAGCUUAAUGCGCGAUCUGCAGAACCGGUGCGAGCGCGUGGUCGAGCUCGAGAUCUCGCUCGACGAGACGCGCGAGCAGUACAACAACGUGCUGCGCAGCAGCAACAACCGCGCUCAGCAGAAGAAGAUGGCCUUCCUCGAGCGCAACCUCGAGCAGCUCACCCAGGUGCAGCGCCAGCUCGUCGAGCAGAACUCGGCGCUCAAAAAGGAGGUUGCCAUCGCCGAGCGCAAGCUGAUUGCCCGCAACGAGCGGAUCCAGAGCCUCGAGAGCCUGCUUCAGGAGAGCCAGGAGAAGAUGGCGCAGGCGAACCACAAAUUUGAAGUCCAGCUCGCUGCGGUCAAAGAGCGCCUGGAGGCGGCGAAAGCUGGCAGCACGCGCGGACUCGGAUCGCCGACCAGUUUCGGCGGUUUCAGCAUCGGCAGCCGCAUUGCUAAGCCGCUUCGCGGCGGCGGCGACUCGACUGCUUCGUCCCACCCCACCAUUGCGAACCUUCAGAGCCCCCCCGAGAAUAAGAGAUCGAGCUGGUUCUUCCAGAAGUCGUGAUGAGGAUGAGGUAGAAGAGGCCGCGGGGGAGAGAACGAUGGGUGAAGCGUGCCAGUGUCACUUUGGCUGUUGGAUCGGGGGUUGGGAUUGUCACGAGGCAUGUGAAGGCACGAGGGAUGUGAAGGGAUACACUACAGAGAUCAGAAAUGAUAUGCUUGGGUCGUGAGAUACCCUAUUUCCCGGGUUGUCAGGUGUUUUAAGGGGAUAAGGCUGAGCUGAGCGAGGGGUGCUUGGAUAGGGAUGAUCAGGACGGGAAAUUACGAGGAUUUUUGAUGCGUUGGUGGCGCCGUCUCGUCGUCUCCUUUGUAGACUAGACUAGCAGCGCGUUCUUUGUCGGCCGC